AUGUCUUCCCUUCCCCAGCUACCAGCAAAACACUCUGACUUCCUGAACUACAUCAAAGCAAACCCCAAUGUCCCCAUCAAUGAGCUACUCAAACCGUACAAUGAGUACGACUCAGCUCUACGUCAAGUUUUCGCCCAGGAGCCGUCCCAUCCUAUCUUGACUAACAACCAUAUCAAUGUCGUCCCUCUAUAUGGUGCCGACGGUGCCGCUGAUCUCCGUGUUCAGGCCCGUGAUUUGGACUCAGAGCCGCAAGAAGUUAGUGACAAGUAUCUCCUACCCCUAGAGGACGAGGAUAGGAGGCCAAAUGGCUCCCCAGCCGUCGUUACUUCGUUCAAGGAAUUCCAGACAAACUUCAACCUCUUCUCUGAGAGCUCUCUGAGUGAUCUCGACUGGAGCAAUGUCAUUGCUGCAGGAAGUUCCGUGGUCACGGCACUCCUCCCCGUACCAGAGGAGUAUAAGGAGUCCAAACGACAGCUUCGUCAUUUCUAUCACGAAAAAUUUGCACCUGCAUCUGAUGUCGACCUGUUUAUCUACGGGCUCAACGAGGAGCAGACAAUCGAGAAGAUCAAGCAGAUUGAGCAAAAAAUCAGAGACUCCAUCUUAUACGAGACGACUUCCAUCAGGACGAAAAACACAAUUACCAUCGUCUCUCAGUACCCCACUCGCCAUGUCCAGGUGGUUUUACGCAUAUACAAAUCCCUCGCAGAAGUCGUCACCGGUUUUGAUGUUGACUGCUCUUGCGUGGCAUACAAUGGCAAGAAUGUUUACGCUGCUCCUCGAGCAAUUGCUGCUCUGAUCACGCAGACUAACCAGAUCGAUCUAACGAGACGAUCACCAUCUUACGAAAACCGUCUGUCCAAGUACUCACAUCGUGGAUUUGAAGUGUUUUGGCCUCAAUUAGACAGGUCCCGCAUUGACCCUACGAUAUUUGAACGGAGCUUUAAGAGGACAACUGGCCUGGCUCGGCUGCUUGUUUUAGAGCAGUUGCCAAAAUCACGCGAUCGAGAUGAAUACACUGAACAAAGACGUGAAGAACGGGGCCGCCCUCCUUCCAAUAACAACUACCGUCGUCAUAUAGGAAAAUUAAGAGGUAAUAUCAAAAAUGACUGGGAGGAUGAAGUUGCGGAAUGGGUGGAAGCGGAAGAAAUCUCUGAUUACCAUACCAUUACUAUUCCAUACGGGGAACGUUUCCACGCAAGGAAGAUCGAAAAACUCCUGUAUACCCAUGACUUACUUCUAAACGCCGAAUGGAAUAACCAAGAACGAGAGGUUGCACUACAUCGUCAUCCAGUGUUCUUUGGCGAUGUCGAGGAUAUUAUCCAUGAUUGUUGUGGUUCAUGUCCCAAACCCACGACCCCUGAGGAGGAGGAAGUAUGGGAAAAGGAGAGUAAGAACUACAUAUCGGGUGAAGUAUCCUUUAUCAAAGAUGACCCAGGCCGGCAGGCAAUUGGAAGCUUCAACCCGAUUACCGAAACAGACUGGACUGAAAUGGCUUACAUUGGUAAUACCGCUAGCCUAUUCCAGGCUAUUGCUGAUGAUGACAUUGACGUCGUACGUGAAUGGCUUUCGAUGGAGGAGGCGGAUCCAAACCGUCGUGAUCACACUGGAAGAACAGCCCUACAUUUGGCAACCAUGAUAUCUACUCCGGAGGUCGUACAGUGUCUUGUUGAGCAUGGGGCAAGGCUGGUUGCACGCCUUGCAGACGGGCGCAUGGCUUUGCAUCUAGCAGCGUCACGCGGUAGUGUUGACAUUAUUCGAAUUCUGCUGCACAAGAGUGAAGAGAAUGAAGCAUUAGAAGAAGAGAAAAAAGACCAGCAGCGUGCGGCAAAGAAAAAUACCAAGGCCGAAGCUAAUGAUAUCGAGAUGACAGACCCGGACAAUAUGGUGAUUGUUAACGAAGACCCUGAGAACUCCGACGAUGACAAAAUGUCAGUGAUAACCGGGUCCUUUGUUGAUGUUAAAAAGGAAGAUGACAAAAUGGACAAGGAUGAUGUUAUUCCCGAUGCCGACGAAGAAUCCGAGCCUGAUAUUAUAGAUAUCAACGCCGUUGCCUGGGACUGUCAGGCUACUCCCUUACAUCUGGCCAUCGUCCAUGGCCAUGCCGACGUCGUGAAAGAGCUCGUUUCUUCCUUUGGAGCAGAUGUGUUGCUUCCAAUAAAGCUUCCAAAAGUCAACUAUGAGGGCCCAAAGGCGAUUCUCCCCUUAACUUUACCUCUUAAACUAUCCCCGGACCAGGCUGUCGUCAUGACCGAGACACUCUUGAAGCUAGGUACCACUCCAGCACAAGCCGACUUGACCGGGCGAACCCCAUUACACUACUUUGCUGCCUCCUCUUAUUCAGAGCUCUUUGACGCCCUUACAAAGCAUGAUCCGUCCGCUGUCAAAAGAGCAAUUAAUCAUCUAGCUGUGGAUGGUACCUAUUAUUCAUCAUCUGCUGUAUCUGCUUUAAGUGUUGCUGUGAACGCAAAAGAGGCCGGCAUUCUUGAGAAGCUCCUUAGCCUAGGAGCUCAUUCAGAUAUCAGCUUCAGCAAGUACAUUGAAAAUGCCAUACGUCAAAAUGAGUGGCUGAAGACUCGGGAUGCCGCAGAUAACCUCAAAACUUUCCAAGAAAAUAUUACGCAGCCAGUUCUGGCCGCUGUUCUGACGGAUCAGCCCUUGGUCGCCCUGAAACUUGUUCAACAUGGAGCGGAUCCAAACACACUAACAACUUUCGGAUAUACUAUGCUUGCAGGGGAUCGAUCUCGGAACCCUGGUGAGUCGUUAUUGGACGUUGUUGAUGCCAAAAUUUGCCUCCUACAGGACUAUAAGGAAACUUCCAACAAUGUGCCACCUACUCCAUUGGAGAGUGAUGAAGUAUACCUGGCUGAAUAUCCUGAGGGAAGCUAUCAGAUGUGCUUUGCUAGAGAGCGUCUUGAGCGAGAGAAGGCCUCUUUCAAGAGGCGGCAGGAAGAAUAUGAGGAGGUGAUGAAAAAAGCCGGGGACCGCAAAGGCUUGGAGGAAAAAAGGAAUGCGAUCACCACCCUCCUUCAUGAUUACCAAACUCUUUACUCAGCUCUGGUCGCGAAAGGAGCUAAAACCUUCCGCGAGCUAUACCCUGACGCCAAAUUUCCCGACAUAGAACGAGAGGUGGACUAUUCGCCUAUAAAAACUCAGGAGUUCAAGAUCGAGUUCAAUUUCAAUGUUGUUGAUCACACUGGUGGGAGAAAGGAGGGUUAUAUAAAACUAUUCGAAGCAGCAUGGUCUGGAGACAUAGAGACAAUCAAGUCCCUUACACUUGACAUGUGGGGUCCUGAUAAACAAAUGUCUCCUCUUGUUAUCUCUGUGACGGAACGCAUGGGGGCUUCUCCAUUCUCGUUAGCCGUUCUCAGGGGCCAUUUUGAUGCUGCGAAGACAAUUCUCCAAAUCGUUCGAGCGCAAUACAAGCCGAAGGCUGCUACCCGACAGAUUUACCAUAUGCAAUCUGAUGAUGAGGAGGAAUCUGACGCUGAAGGAUCACAGGAAGAUGGCGGACUUCAGAUCACUGGAGAGGAUGUUCGCGAUGAACUGACUAUCGACAACAUUGGCGAAGUUGUGACAGAGGCAAAAAGCACUGUUUCACCGCUUGACACCAUUCAAGAACGUUGUCGAGCCAGCCUUAUUGCGGAUCCUAACGCCGCUGAGCAUUCUACAUCCCAUACAGACCUUUUCAGCUUCGCUAUAGAGAAGGACAAUAUUGAAUUGCUGCGGUUCCUCCUGGACCUUGGACAAUCUGAAAUUGUUAGUGGCACUCUUGAUGUCCCUUAUAAUUUGCUCUCUAGCACAGAUUUCAACAAUGCCUUGGAGUAUGGGCAGCCACGAUGCAUUGCCGAGAUAAUUAGCCGAACGGGAGCUCACCUACCACUGGAUAAGUUUGUGGAAGAAAGCGGAAUCACUAUCAAGCAACAGCCGCUAUAUUAUCAAGGCCUAUCGAUUCAUGGAAUGAAGCGUGCGGAUUGGGCUGCAGCUGCAGGCCAGGACGUCCCCUCGCGCAUAACUGACGAAUCAGACAUACCGCUGCUCCGGGCUGCUCUCGUCGGGAGUCUAACCAGUGUAGAAUGGUUCCUCGGCACUGCCCCAAAGAGACACUACCUGGAGUUUGCAAAUGCCAACAAGCAAGAUAAGCGGCUGAAGAAACUUGCACGACUACCCGGCGGGGUAGAAGGAUUCAUUGAAAAAUGGCUAAGCUCAAGGAACCAUCUCCUCCUUCAUUGUGCUGUUUUGGGCAGAGAAACAGAUGAAACUGUGAAAUUGGUUAAAUACAUUAUAAAUAAUAUUCCAGGCUGCCUAGAAAGGAAAUCGUCCAAUGGAUAUACACCUUUACUCCUUGCCUUUUCUAAACGCAGACUGCGUUUUGCUAAGGUCCUUAUCGAGGCUGGUGCCAAUCUGGAAGCUCGCGAUGCUUUGGGGAAUAAUGUUCUCCAUAUGCUAGUGCAACCGAAUAGUGGAUGCGGCUCCCUGGACACAAAUCUCAAGGAACUUCUUGACUUGAUCGAUCCUUCAUUUGUCUCUUCACUCCUUACCUGCCGCUCCUCUGAUGGUCCUGGAGCACUUACACCUUUCGCUUCUUGGAUACAUUAUUUAUAUUCACACCACUCAUGGCUUGCUGCCAUACCCGCCAAAGUAACGAAGUUGCUUCUUGACUUUGCUGAACCAACGGGCCAGGCUCACCUCGAACUUCUUGAUGGGUCUGGAAAUACACCUCUCCACAAUGUCGUGCGACGUCAAAAUACGAGUCUUGCUAGGCUGAUUUUGGAACGCAACCCCAAGCUUCUUAACAUAGAGAACUCAACAGGAACUACCCCUAUGGACCUUGUGAGAGAUGCGUGGACUACCAAUGUCACUACCACACCCCCAACGGUACCAGAAACUAUAUCAAUGCCCAGUUGGCGAAGACCAGAUUACUCCCCAGCCAUUUUUGGCAAAUCCCCUGAAUCAUUCGUUUCCGAGACCGAGGAAGAAAAGGGCAGCCAUUCCUCUCUUUAUGAAUUAUGUCUUGAAGUCUGGGGCCAACUGAACCAAAAGAAGAGAAAGCUUGUAAGUCUCCUUGACGCUAACGAGGUUGCAUAUCGUCUGGAGAGAAGAGGGAGACCAAGGCGUAGAAAUUCAGAGGAUGAUGAAAGUCUCGAUACAGUGGACGAGGUUUCAAAGUGGCAGUCGGAGUACUAG